AUGCAGAUAGGGUUCCACCAAUGCAAGUGGGGAUACCAUAACCUUUCAGUGGUCGAGGAUGUCGUGGAGAACUACUGGAGCGCGCAGAUACCCCUCGAUGUGAUCUGGAACGACGACGACCAUAUGGACGCAAGGAAGGACUUGACGCUCAGCCCGGUGAACUACUCGCGCCCCAAGCUGCUGGCGUUCCUUGACAUGCUACAGUUCCAUUGGUAUGUUUGUGUGGCUUGCUGGCUUGGUGUCAUAUAA